AUGGUGGUGGUGCUCGAGCGACAACUCCAUGCGGUGAAGAUCAACGAGGGUGAUGCCGUACAAGGAGCGUUCGAUCAACUCCGGGACCUCUAUGUGAAGCUCUCUGCUGCUGGUGUGGACUACCCUGAGAAAAUCAAGUGCUACAAGGCUCUCUCCCUACUGCUAGAGUCGUGGGGGCCCUUGGUGGUCAACCUUAAUGGCAUGAAGGACUCGUGGUCCCUUGAGUGGAUUCGCGCGCAAGUUCUUCAAGAGGAGUUUCGGAGGAAGGAGCUGACCGCCGCUGCCGGUGAAGGUGGAGGUUCAGCCUACGGAAUCAAGGGCUUCAAGGGGCGUGGCAGCAAGAAAGGCAAGGCCAAGGAAGGUGCUGGAGGGAAGCAGCAUUCGGGAGGGAAGCGUGGCAACAAGGGAGGCAAGCGGUGUGGCGGCAAGUGUUGGUAUUGCCAUGUGGAAGGUCACCCAUGGUUCAAGUGCCGCAAGCUACCUGACGGUUGGAGGCCUGGUCAGCCAUCAAUUGAGGGCUCCAAGGGUGUUCAUGGAGCUAUGGGAGAAGGCAUGGGCAGUGAGGAGGGCGAUGGAGGGAUGAAGAUGGAGAUGUUGGGCACAAAGGUUUUCAAGGCAACUCUGGAUGGGCGCGUGUUGUGGGACCUCCGAGGCGGCAAGGACAUGCACCGGUCCAUGUGGGAGAUACCGGUGCUGCCAUGGAAGGAGGCGGCUGCGCGCUUGGCUGCUGGAGAUGUGAGAGGAGGGCAUGUUAACCACGUGGACAAUGGAGGAGGUGGUGAUGACAGUGGUGGUAGGCUCCUUGGGCAUGAAGGGGCUGCGCUACCAAGUGUAACUCCUAGCACGGAGGUAACGGAGGUGUCACAUGACUUGGGAGGUGCUGAAGGGGAGGCAGCAGAGGUGGAGGGAGUGUUGCAGCAAGAGGAGGCCCCUGUAGCUGAGAGAGGUGAUGCCGAGGAGGAGGUGCAGCAGCCUACACCAUCCCCUACACUUCCACCAAGGCGGACAACCCAAGGGAAGCGUGGUGCUGUCCGUGGUGGAGCUAAGGAAGGUGCAGCCAAGGAGAGGCCCAAGAGAGCUGCUCACCCAAGGGAUUUCCUCAAAUGA